AUGUCCGUCAAUGGACAAAUGCACCCACGGAACCGGUAUCGGGAAAAGCCCGAUUUUCAGGAACUGAUAAAACAAUUUCCAGAACUGGCCCAAGUGUCCGUGGUGGACCUUAACGGACGAGUCCGGUUGGACUACAAAAACGCGCAAACCUUACAGACGCUCACCAAAUGUUUGCUGUUGAAAGAUUUUGGUUUAACGCUAGAGCUGCCGCCGGACAAACUGGUACCAACUUUGCCACUUCGCAUGAACUACAUUCACUGGCUGGAGGACAUUGGUCGCGCUGCCGGGUGGAACGAAAACGAUCCCGUGCGUGGCAUUGACAUCGGGUGUGGCGCAUCCUGCAUCUACCCACUGCUGGCGGUCGUGCAAUCCGAGCGCCGUUGGCACAUGCUGGCCAUCGAAAAAACGCCGGACAGCUUGGUCAGCGCGAAAGCAAACGUGGACCGUAAUAAUCUGGAGAACCACAUCCGUGUGGUGCCCCAAGUCAGCGACGGAUCGUCGAUUCUGGUGGACGUGUUAAAGACGGUGUCGGACGGAGACGAACGAUUCCAUUUCAGCAUGUGUAACCCACCGUUUUUCGAUAGCAGUUCCACGGCGGAACUACCAAAUCGUACGGGAAAGCGUAGGGAACCACCGAACGCGAGCACGGGAUCGGGAGAAGAGCUGAGCACGGACGGUGGGGAGGUACAGUUUAUCGGUCAAAUGAUACGCGACAGCCUGCAGCUGAAAGACCGCAUUUCGGUGUACACCACGAUGGAAAUGUCCUCCAUUGAUGCGGUAUACGAGUGUUUGUCCGGUGUGCUGCAAUCGAUUGCCAUCGAGCUCCACACGCUCACGAAAGACGACAAACUGGGAGAACUCAUGUCUUAA